CUACUUUCUUUCUUCACAUUUCAGCACAUUUAAAAAUGAGAUGUUGCAUUUUCUUCGAAAAUAAACGCCGAAUGGUAGAUUAAAAAUACUCCAUUAGUUGGGUGUUAUCCUAAACAUACUGUCCAUCAAUUAGGAUGGGAAAAAGUAAAAAACACAAACGUGAUAAAUCGGAUGAAGCAGAUAGUGAAAAACGCAAGGCAAAACGUAGUAAACAUUCUAAGUCACCUAUAGACUAUGAUCUCUAUGACGAUGAUGAUUCAAGAGACACAGAAGGAAGUAAUGAAGCUGCUCCUGCUGCGGCAAGCAGAACAGCAACAGAAGCUGCUCCAGAGGAUGAAUUUGGUGCCAAAGACUAUCGCAAAAUUAUGGACCUUAAACUUGAUCAUAAAUCUAGGCCAUUAUGGGUAGCACCAGAUGGUCAUAUAUUCCUUGAAUCAUUCUCACCAGUGUAUAAACAUGCCCAUGACUUUUUGAUUGCAAUAUCUGAGCCUGUCUGCCGUCCUGAACAUAUUCAUGAGUAUCGCCUUACUGCAUAUUCACUUUAUGCAGCAGUAUCAGUGGGUUUACAAACAAAAGACAUUAUUGAAUAUCUGAAACGUUUAAGUAAAUGUACUGUACCAACGGGAAUUGAGGAUUUCAUUACAUUGUGUACUCUCAGUUAUGGAAAAGUUAAACUGGUGCUGAAACAUAAUAAAUAUUUCUGUGAAAGUGCUCACCCAGAGGUGAUUCAGAAGCUUCUGAAGGACCCAGUCAUUCAGCAAUGUCGUAAGCGGCCCCAGUUAGAGCAGGGGGGUAAUCCUGCAGAUGGGGAGCUUGUCACAGAGCAAUUUUCAGCAAAACAAGGCUUGAAGGUCAACAAACCAGCUGCCCCCUCAGCCACUGCAGACCCCCAGGCCUCUGGUUCUGGAGACAACCCUGAAGAUGUAAAACCUGAUGUUCCUGAAGACAUUGUUACAUACUAUGAGAAGAUUGAUGAUGAAGAGGAGGAUGAGGGUGAAGACAUACAGACAGUGUCAUUUGAGAUUCAACAAGACCAAAUAGAGACACUCCAGAAAAGGUGUAUUGAACUGGAGUAUCCCCUACUGGCAGAGUACGACUUCAGGAAUGACACAGUCAAUAAAGAUAUCAACAUAGAUCUGAAGCCCAGCACAGUGCUGAGACCAUUCCAGGAGAAAAGUCUGCGUAAAAUGUUUGGAAAUGGAAGAGCAAGAUCGGGUGUUGUAGUUCUUCCAUGUGGUGCUGGCAAAACCCUAGUGGGAGUAACUGCCUGUUGUACUGUACGUAAACGUGCCUUGGUCCUUUGUACAUCUGGAGUAGCUGUGGAACAAUGGAGAUCUCAGUUCAAGAUGUGGUCCACAGCUGAUGACCAAAUUAUAUGUAGAUUCACCUCAGAUGCCAAAGAUAAACCAAUGGGUAGUUCUAUAUGCAUCAGUACAUACUCCAUGAUAGCUCAUUCUACUAAGAGAUCUUGGGAAGCUGAGAAAGUAAUGGAAUGGCUACAGACCCAGGAGUGGGGAAUCAUGGUGCUUGAUGAGGUGCACACUAUUCCUGCCAAGAUGUUCAGGAGAGUUCUCACAAUAGUACAGGCCCAUUGUAAACUUGGCCUCACUGCAACACUCGUAAGGGAGGAUGAUAAAAUCACAGAUCUCAAUUUCCUGAUUGGACCAAAACUCUAUGAGGCCAACUGGCUGGAGUUGCAGAGAAAUAACUAUAUAGCCAAAGUGCAAUGUGCUGAGGUAUGGUGCCCCAUGACUCCAGAAUUCUACAGGGAAUACCUCAACACAAGGACUGCUAAGAAAAUGCUUUUAUAUGUGAUGAAUCCCAACAAAUACAGAAACUGCCAGUUCCUCAUACGAUUCCAUGAGAGGAGGAAUGAUAAAAUCAUUGUAUUCUCCGACAAUGUAUUUGCAUUAAAGAGCUAUGCCAUUAGAAUGAACAAGCCCUAUCUGUAUGGACCUACAUCACAAGGGGAAAGACUGAACAUUUUGCAGAACUUCCAACAUAACCCCAAGGUCAACACAAUAUUUGUAUCAAAGGUUGCUGAUAAUUCCUUUGAUCUCCCCGAGGCCAAUGUCCUUAUCCAAAUAUCAGCCCAUGGGGGAUCCAGAAGGCAGGAGGCACAGCGGCUUGGUAGAAUUCUCAGAGCUAAGAAAGGAGCUGCAGCAGAGGAAUACAACGCAUUCUUUUACUCCCUGGUGUCGCAAGACUCACUUGAGAUGCAAUACUCCUCUAAGAGGCAGAGAUUUUUGGUCAACCAGGGCUAUGCUUACAAAAUAAUCACCAAAAUGGCUGGCAUGGAUGAGGAGGACUUGCACUAUGGCACCAAGGAAGAGCAGGCUCAGUUGCUACAGAAAGUCCUUGCUGCAAAUGAUACAGAUGCUGAGGAAGAGAGGAUGGCAGGAGAUAAUCUCAUUCUUCCCAAAUCACAGAUGAGGAGAAAGGUUGGCAAUAUGAGUUCUAUGUCUGGGGCGGAUGAUACUAUUUACAUGGAAUAUAAAGCAAAGAAGAAGGACACUUUUGUGCAUCCCUUAUUCAAGAAGUUCAGAAAAUAG